CCGGCCGGGUUGAAAGUUGAACAGCUUCUUCUUCUUCUCGAUCGUCUGUGGACCAACUCCACGUUAUACAGCAAGCAAGGCUUUGGAAACGCCAAAAGUCGCCUCUCGCCUUCUCCGUUCAAAGCAAUCUUCCUCCUCCUCCUUUUUCCCCUUCCUUGAUCUCCAAACCGAACUGCUCCCAGCUCAUCGACUCGAUCAGGAGCACCAAGUCGAUCGAAUUCGAUCUCAUACUCGAUCAGAAGCUCGUCAUGGCGCCGUCGAUCUCGGCGCUGGCCAAGUACAAGCUGGUCUUCCUCGGCGACCAGUCGGUGGGCAAGACCGCCAUCAUCACCCGCUUCAUGUACGACAAGUUCGACGCCACAUACCAGGCGACCAUCGGGAUCGAUUUCCUCUCCAAGACGAUGUACCUCGAGGACCGCACCGUUCGCCUGCAGCUAUGGGACACAGCUGGACAGGAGAGGUUCAGGAGUCUGAUUCCAAGCUACAUUAGAGACUCUUCUGUAGCGGUGAUAGUUUAUGAUGUAACUGACAAGCAAUCAUUUCUGCAUACAUCGAAGUGGAUCGAUGAUGUAAACACGGAAAGAGGUGGCGACGUGCUCAUCAUCCUCGUGGGGAAUAAAACAGACCUCGUUGACCAGAGGCAAGUGUCCACAGACGAAGGGGAAGCCAAGGCGAAGGAGCACGGCGUCAUGUUCAUCGAGACCAGCGCCAAGGCCGGCUUCAACGUCAAGGCGCUGUUCCGCACAAUCGCCACGUCCCUGCCCGGAAUGGAAGCUCUGUCGUCGGCGAAGCAGGAAGACAUGGUGGACAUCAACCUCAGGCCUGCCUCCGGACCAGCAGGUUCUCGCGCGGCUGCGGGGCAGCAGGAGCAGAAAGCAGGCGGAUGUGCUUGCUGAGACCUCCGUGUUCUUCAGGGAAGCGGUUGACUUGACCAGGAAUCCAGGAUUG